CGACCAGAAGCUUUUCCGAGAGCACUCUUUUGAUCAAGAUCCCUCGAGGCCAGUCCACAGGAGUUGGUGACCGGGAGCGUUUCCGAGCCAUCCCCACUCCCUGUGGGAGUGGCCCUCGAGGCCAGGCCACGGGCCGUGGUGCCCCGGAGCUUUUCCGAGGAGUCACCCGUGCCUGUGGCAGUGGCCCUUGAGGCCAUUUGUUGAGAGUUUGCCACCAGGGGCUUUCCCAAGCCAUCAGCAGUCCCUGUGGCAGGAGCCCCUGAGGCCACUGAGUGACCCUUGGCCACCAGGGGUUUUUCCCAGGCAUCUCUCCCGCAGCUGCCCUCGAGGCCAGGCUGUGCCAUGGCGGGGGGAUGCUUCGGCCUGUGCGGGCUGCUCCGGAGGAAGAGGAAGAACAGGAGAGGCCCUGGAGCUGACCCAGCACAGGAACCUGAGGAAGACGAGCAGCACUUCCAGCCACUGCAGCAGGAUCCAGGCCGGGACCGCCCAGCAGAGCAGGACCGCACCCGUGGCCGCUUCCGCAGGGCAGUUCAGAGGUUGCUGAAAUUCGUGGGAGUUCGGCGCGGAACAGCCACGACUGCACCGCCCGAGCUCGUGGCACAGCCUGACACCAGCGCAGCCGAGCUCAAGGGGGAGCCUGAUGUCAGCUCUGCACCCAUGGACUGUGCAGCCAGCAGUGACAUGGCACCCAUGGACUGUGCAGCCAGUGGUGACAUGGAACCAGCUGAUGGCACAGCAACCUCGGACAUGGCAGUGACCAGUGUCACAGAAACCACCGACAUGGCAGCCAUUGAUUGUGCAGCCACCUCUGACAUGGCACCAGUCGAUGGCACAGCCACCUGUGACACCGCGCUGGCCGACACCGAGACAAGCUCUGACACCGCUCCAACUGAUGUCAGGGCAGAGGCUGACGCCACGACUGAGGGCAUUGGAAACACUGACUGCACAGCCAUGCAGAGUGUGACUGAUGCUCCCAGUCUGGACGUUUUGGAGCAGAACGGUGUCCCCAGCGCAGAUGAAGUGCAGAUCCUGGCAAGGCACCUGCAGAGCCAGUGCCCAGAGAGGCGGCGCCUGGCUCUGCGAGAGCUGCUGGUGCUCAGCGUGGAUCCCUCCAUGGCCAAAAGCAUCUGCAGCCUAUCUGAGCGCCUCCUGGAGCUGCUGCGUGAUGGAGAUGGAGAGCUGGUCAGGAUGACCCUCUCCAUUUUCCGGAAUGUGCUCCAGGAUGAGGAAGGCAGGGAAGGAUUCAGCCCCACUGCCCCGAGGCUGGCUGAGGCGCUCCGGCCAGUCUUUGACCACGACAACAGCCACGUGCAGCUGCUCUCCAUUCGCCUCUUCCGAGAGGUGAUGGAGUUGGAGGCGGAAGAGGGAACGCGGCUCUGGGAGAUGCAGGUGCGCCAGAGCCUGGUCCCCCUGUUCUUCCGCUGUUGGGAGAAGUUAUCCUCUUCCUAUGCCCUCCUGGCUCCUGAGAUUCCUGAGGGGAUGCAGAGUCCUGACAGAACGAACGUGGGAGGUGUCCAAGUGGUUUCUGGCUCCCCUGUUAAUCUCUUGACUAAGCUUAAAAGAAACCGCAGGUCAUGUGAAGUAACACUGUGCAAAUCUUUCCUCCAGGUCAUAUUCAAAGUGAAAUGUGCAGCUGAAUUCAACAAGUACAAGGUCCUGCUGUACCUGGGCUCCAUCUUCACCAGCCUCCUCUUCCUGGUGGUGAAUCUGACCUGUGCGAUGCUGAUCCACGGGGAGGUCCCCGAGAGCCAGCUGAGGUGGACGGUCCUGGCCCGCGCCCUGGUCAACGACAGCCUCUUCAUCCUCUGUGCCAUCUCGCUGGCUGGCUGCAUGUGCAAGCUGGGAAAGAUGUCUUCAGCCAACGUCUACCUCGAGUCCAAGGGAACAUCUGUCUGCCAGGCUAUUCUUGUGGGAUCUGUAGUGGCUCUUCUGUAUUCCUCAAGGGCUUGCUAUAACCUGGUAGCUGUGGCCAUAUCUCCAGACAAUGUUCCUGGUCCUUUUAACUAUGGCUGGGACAACCUUUCAGACAAGGUGCACGUGGAAGUGAGCAGCGAGGAGUAUGUGGUGUUUGGAGUGGUCCUUUUCCUCUGGGAGCUGGUGCCAACCACCUUCGUGGUGCUGUUCUUCCGGGCUCAGAGGCUGAGCCAGAACCUGACUCCAGCAGGGAUGGUGAACAGCCACAGUUACAGCUCCAGAGCCUAUUUCUUUGACAAUCCGAGGCGCUACGACAGCGACGACGACCUGUCGCGGCUCGGGGCCAGAGAAGGAGGCUUGGCCACCCCUCAGUGCUCGGGCUUCUACGGUUCCCUGGCCGGGAAUGACGGCGGGACCCCCGCGGACAGCGCGCCCUUGCUCUGCGCCGCCGGCGGCUCGGAGAGCAACCACCACAGCUCCUACCCUGCCCCACAGAACUGAGGAGGCUCCCUCCAUUUCCCAGAGUGGCAUUCAUGUAUAGGAUUGUAACCUGGUUUUCUCUUUUCCUCCUCCUCCUCCUCCCCUGAAGCAUCUAACUCAUGACACAAACAUUCCACGACCUGCCGCAGCUGCGCGCGGGACUGAGCCGAAGGCUGCGGGCAGUGAGUAAAGAGAACUGUGACUUUAAGGUACCAUGUAGCAAAGUGAAGCUGAACUCUCUGGAAGCUU